AUGAAGAGAGACGUUCGUGAGUACGUCUUAGAAUGUGUAACUUGCCACCGGAUUAAAGCUGAACAUCAGAAGCUAGCUGGAGAGUUGCAGUCUCUACCUGUUCCGGGAUGGAAAUGGGAGCACAUCAUGAUGGACUUUUUGAUGGGACUACCGAGGACUGAGCACAGGCAUGAUGCCAUCUGGGUGGUGGUGGACAGGUUGACGAAAUCUGCGCAUUUCAUACCGUUUCAUGCGACGUAUUCUCGGAAGGUUCUGGUUGAAUUGUACUUGGAGCAUGUCGUCAGACUUCACGGAGUGCCGUUGUCCAUCACGUCCGAUCACGACACUCAUUUUAACGCAAGAAAUACCUACACCUUGCUGAGUUCGCAUACAACAACAGCUAUCAGGCCAGUAUCGACUCGUCAACAGAGCUAUGUUGACAGAAGGUGUAGGCCUUUGGAAUUCCCAGAAGGUGAAUUCAUUAUGCUGAAAGUGUCCCCACGCAAGGGAGUUGUUCAAUUUGGUGUGAAAGGAAAGGUUGCGCCAAGGUAUAUUGGACCCUUUCUGAUCGUGCAACGAGUCGGUGUUGUGGCGUAUCGUCUUACCUUGCCGCCUGAGUUAUCUCACGUGCAUGACGUGUUCCAUGUCUCUAUGCUUCAGAAAUCUCAACCUGAUCGAGAAGCUGUAGUGCAAUGGUAUGACGUUCUGAUACAGUAUGAUGCGACAUACGAGGAGGCACCAAUUUAG